CAAACAACCUCCCCAUGUUCCAGUAGACGAGCAGGACUGCACAAGCUUUUUGGAGCUUCUAGAACAUUUUUAUGCACCAGACAUGAGUGUCGAUCUCACACAAGGAGCCAUUGAGGCCCUGUUCUCACAGUCUCACAUCAACAAUCCAGUCUUGCAGGUUUUGAAAAUCCGUGAGAUCGUUGUCAGCCAAGGACCCUCCAAGUACCGCCUGGCUCUGAGCGAUGGAGUUCACAUGUCCCCUUGGUUCGUGUUGGUCACGCAGUUAAACCACCUGGUGGAGUCCAAGCUACUGAGCCCUGGCUGUGUCUGCAUGCUGAAGAAGACCAACGAGUCCUAUUUGUCCAACAAGAAGCUGGUGGUGGUGGUGUUGGACAUGGUUGUGUUGCAGAGUGCUGAAGAGACCGGGGGAACCAUCGGGAAUCCCAGGCAACUCAAUGCUGCAGAUAGCGCCACCUCAGGCCGGCAGGUGUCAGACGUGAGCUCCUCAGACACAGAAGCAGCCUCCAUGUCUGGUGACACACAUGCAGCGUCUGCAAGCAGCAUGAGAGGACGCAUGGAAAACUCUCCUAUGAAGGCGUCUCCUCUGUCCCCUAUGAAGGCGUCUCCUCUAAAGGCGUCUCCGAUGAAGGCGUCCCCUAUGAAGGCGUCCCCUAUGAAGGCGUCUCCGAUGAAGGCGUCCCCCAUGAAGGUGUCCCCCAUGAAGAGUCCAAUGAAAGUGAUACCAAUUGAGAACCUCAACCCUUACGUGAGCAAUUGGACCGUCAGAGCCAGAGUCACCAGCAAGUCCAACAUCCGCCAUUGGAGCAACUCCAGAGGGGAGGGCUCGGUCUUCUCCUUCGAGAUCGUGGACGAGAGCGGAGAGAUCAAGAUCACUGCCUUCAACAACGAAGUGGACAAGUUCUUCCCUCUGGUGGAGCCAAACCAGGUCUACCUGAUCUCCAAAGGCUCUCUGAAGGUGGCCAACAAGCAGUACAACACGCUCAACAACAACUACGAGAUGACGCUCAACGCCAACUCGCUCAUCGUGCCCUGCCGGGACGGCCAGGGCGUGCCCACCGUGCGCUGUGACUUCGUGCCCAUCGCACAACUGGAGAACACCCACACCGACACCAUCGUGGACGUGAUCGGCGUGUGCGAGGAGGUGGGGGACGUGUCCGUCAUCAACACCAAGGCCGGCAGACAGACCCAGAAGAGGGAGCUCGCCCUGAUCGACUCCAGUGAAAAAAGGGUGACGCUGACUCUGUGGGGAGACGAGGCUCAGACGUUUGAGGCGCUCUCCAACCCCGUGGUCGCCAUCAAAGGAGCCCGCUUGUCUGACUUUGGCGGCCGCUCGCUCUCGGCGGUCUUCAGCUCCACGCUCAUGGUCAACCCGGACGUCCCGGAGGCCGUCACGCUGAGAGCCUGGUACAACCAGGUCGGACACUCCCUCCACAGCCAGUCCUUGACAGAGUUCCGCUCCUUGGGUGGAGAAGUCAGGACCAACUGGAAGUCUCUCAGCGACAUCAAGACAGAACUAAUGGGACACAGUGAGACGGCGGACUACUGCAGCUGCGUGGCCACGGUUCUGUUCAUACGCAAAGAGAACUGUCUGUACCGGGCCUGUCCCAGCACCUCCUGCAACAAGAAGGUGGUGGAGCGCGACGGACGCUACCACUGCCAGAAGUGUGACAAGGACUUCCCCGACUUCAAGUACAGAUUCAUUCUCUCCGUCAACUUAGCAGACUUUGAGGACAACCAGUGGGUGACCUGCUUCCAGGAGACUGCGGAGGCCUUACUGGGUGUGAGCGCCGAUGCUCUGGGAUGUCUGAGGGACACGGACGAGGACGCCUUCCAGGAAGUGCUGAGGAAAGUCACCCACACCACGCACGUCUUCAAGACCCGGGUCAAGCUGGAGACGUACAACGACGAGAGUCGGGUGAAAGUGACGGUCCUGGAGGUCCUCCCUCUGGACCACAGGCAGUACAGCAGGAGGUUGCUGGCCAACAUCCGCACACUGUCCUGCAGGACCUGAACCUGGAGGUCCAGCAUCCGCACACUGUCCUGCAGGACUCUGAACCUGGAGGUCCAACAUCCGCACACUGUCCUGCAGGACACUGAACCUGGAGGUCCAACAUC